AUGGGAACUCCAGAGGCUGAGUUAAACCCGUCCCUGCUGCAACCCCGUGCCUUCACCUCAGCCAAGGACUCGCUCUGCCGAGCUCCUGCCCAGGCCGCCCAGGUUUGGCUCCGCUCGCUGUUCCCCGGACUGACGGCGGCUCCUGCUCGCACAGCACUGAAGCCCGUGAUCAGUGGGGGACACUACGACGUGGACUGCUAUGUGGAGGACCCUAAUGGCCAGACCAUCUACAAGGAGACCAAGAAGCAGUAUGACAGCUUCCCACACCGCACCGAGCUCAGUGGUGUCUACACCUUCUGCUUCAGCAAUGAGUUCUCCACCUUCUCCCACAAAACCGUCUACUUCGACUUCCAGAUGGAAUCUGCCUGUGUCACCAUCCACGAGGCCCUGAACACAGUGAUCGACUCCCAGACUCACUAUCGCCUGCGGGAAGCGCAGGACCGGAGCAGAGCUGAGGACCUCAAUGGCCGGGUCUCAUACUGGUCCCUUGGGGAAACCCUCAUCCUCUUUGUGGUCAGCAUUGGGCAAGUGAUGCUGCUCAAAAGCUUCUUCACUGAGAAGAGACCCGGCAGCGGCGCAGCCGGCACCUAGAGCCAGGUGUGC